CGAAAGGCCUCAGCUUGAAGACCCUUCAGCAAAAGUCACAGACCAAUCUCCAAAACCCUUUUGAUUACUCAUUUGAUCUCCGGAAUCCUUGUGUAGAUUUUCCGGAGAAAACUUCAUUUGGUGGAAAAAUGCACGAUUUCUGUUUCACGAUCCCGUACGGCCUGAUUCUUAUAGGUGGUGGCAUUGUUGGAUAUGUCAAGAAAGGAAGCAUAACAUCACUUGCUGGUGGUGGAGUAGCAGGAUUGUUGCUCAUCCUUGCUGGUUAUUUAAGUCUCAAGGCUUUUAAGAAGAGAAAGAACUCAUAUUUUGCUCUGCUUCUGGAGACUGUUUGUGCUGCUGUGUUGACAUGGGUCAUGGGACAACAAUAUCUUCAAACCUCCAAGAUUAUGCCUGCUGGUAUUGUGGCAGGCAUAAGUAUCCCUAUCUUCAUUCUCCUAGUAAAGAGAAGAAGAUUAUCACAAAGGCUUCCUCCAGGUUCACUAGGAGUACCUAUCAUAGGCCAAAGCAUUGGUCUUCUCCGUUCCAUGAAAGCCAACACAGCAGAGGAAUGGCUGCUCAAGAGAAUAAGGAAAUAUGGCCCUAUAUCAAAGCUGACUCUAUUUGGAAAACCUACAGUUUUCAUUCACGGACAAGCUGCAAACAAGUUUGUUUUCACCACUGACAGCAGCACCAUUUCUAAUUCACAACCAAAGUCUCUAAGGGCAAUCCUGGGGGAUCGCUGCAUAUUAGAACUCAGUGGUGAAGACCACAAGCGUGUUAGGAAUGCUCUCAUGUCUUUCCUGAAGCCUGAAUCCUUGAAAGAGUAUGUGGGAAAGAUUGAUGAAGAAGUCCGGCAACACCUUGAGAUGCACUGGCAUGGCAAACAACAGGUCACAGUGUUGCCAUUGAUGAAAACCCUUACAUUCAACAUAAUCUCUUCUCUUCUGUUUGGAGUUGAGAGGGGAAUUGGAAGAGAUAGACUCGUGGGUGAUUUUCAAGAAAUGAUAGAAGGAAUCUGGUCCAUUCCAAUCAAUCUGCCUUUCACACGCUAUAACCGCAGUCUCAAAGCAAGCGCAAGGGUUCAAAAACAGCUGAAGGAUCUUAUACAGAAGAAGAGGGUGGAACUUGAGCAAAAGAGUGCCUCUCCUCACCAAGACCUCAUCACUUGCCUACUUAGUAUUCACAAUAAUGAGAAUGAGGAAGUAGUAACUGAAAGGGAGAUUAUGCAUAAUGUCAUGCUUGUCAUGGUUGCUGGACAUGACACUUCUUCUGUACUAAUCACUUUCUUGAUUCGUCUCUUUGCAAAUUAUCCUGCAAUUCAUGCUGCUGUUCUUCAAGAACAAGAAGAGAUAGCUAAAAGUAAAUCAGCAGGUGAGUUUCUGACAUGGGAAGAUCUUGCAAAAAUGAAGUACACGUGGAAAGUAGCCAUGGAAACUUUGAGGUUUUUUCCACCUGUCUUUGGGGGCUUUAGGACAGCUAUAAAGGACAUAGAUUAUGGUGGAUACCUCAUUCCUAGAGGGUGGCAGAUUUUCUGGGUUACAAGCAUGACACACAUGGAUGACAGCAUAUUUCCUGAGCCAUCAAAGUUUGAUCCCUCUAGAUUUGAGAAUCCGACUUCAAUUCCACCAUAUUGCUUUGUACCAUUUGGAGGAGGACCUCGAAUAUGUCCAGGAUAUGAUUUUGCAAAGAUUGAAACCUUGGUUGCAAUUCACUAUUUGGUUACCAGGUUUAAUUGGAAGUUGUUAUGUUCAGACAAUUUUUUCAGUAGGGAUCCUACGCCCGUGCCAACUAAAGGGUUGCCUAUUCAACUCAGUUCCAGAUUUCAGCAGGGAUCCUAUGCCAGUGCCAGCUAAAGGAUUGCCUAUUCAAACUACUGUUGAAGUCUGAUCUUAGGUUAUUUUGGAACUUCUCUACUUGCUUCAAAGAAACUUUGCAGUGUACUGUUGUUGGCCAAAUGUCAUAAAUUUACACUUUAUCAUCCUAGCACAUGCCGGCAUCGGAUUAAUGGCUUGCACUGAACAUUGAAACUUCUGUGUGUGCACAGAGAAGAUGUUGGCCAAAUGCCGUAAAUUUACACUUUAUCAUCCUAGCACAUGCCGGCAUCGGAUUAAUGGCUUGCACUGAACAUUGAAACUUCUCUUUGUGUACAGAGAAGAAAACUUUCUCCUCAAUGGGAGAUGAGAGAUACCACCUUGUCCAAGCAGCACCUCGAGAGGCUGCGAGGCAAAGAAAGCCAGGCUUACUCUCAUGUUUGGUGCAUAAGUGAAUCAGCACAAAUGGUUCUGAAAUCUGCUGACUGCUGUACGAGGAAAAAGGGUACUCUCUCGGCAAAACCUCACAGC